AUGGCACCGAUGUCUGAUGAUAGCGAAGGCGGACAUUUUUUAGACCUAGAUCAGAUCCAUUUAGAGCCCAACGAACGUCCUGAGGAUCUAUACCAGAGGUUGUCUAGCUUUGUGGACGACAACCUUAUGAAAGGGGGUGGAUUGAUAACUCACCACGGCGAAGUCCCAGAUCAAGAUGAGGAACUGACCCCUACUGUCGAGAAUAUGAUAGUCUUGACAUGGUUACGAUUGAUUCAUCCAAAUCUACCGGCAUUAGUGAAACAAAAGUACGCAACAGAUCUUAGAUCUAGAACGCUUGCAUCCCUUAAACCCGAAAUAUCGUUGGCGAUCUCUAGCCUACUCGAUGAAGUUCAUUCUCUUGCUGAUGCGAAGUCUACGUCAUCUGUCGUAUGGCCAGGUUCCUUCAUUGAGUUGAAUGUGCCGUCUGAUAUUGGACCUGAGGACACUGUGGCGAUUGAGCCCAAACAUGACUCUGGUAUUUUCUGGAUAAAACCGCAGGUUAUCGAAUCAGUUGGCGGUUGCAUCAGAAUCGCCAACGAGACACAGGAACCACAGCGAGUGUUAAGGCAUGAACAUGUUGGUUUCAUAAGGAAUACAGAGACAAUGAAAGUUGGGGUUCUUACACCCAUUACAGGAACACAGCUUAGCCAUCAAUCAGUUCCCAAAUUACACAUGUUUAAUACAACAUGCAUCUCAACUGACCCUGAUAAAGUGUUGACAGAUGAACAACGCAUGAAGUUUUUGACAUUGGGUGAUAAGUAUGACGAUGUGUUUGCGUCGGAUAUAUCCGGGUACAACGGUGCCGUUGGUGACUUUAAAGCCGUUAUCAACAUGGGCCCUGUACAACCUCCCCAGCGUAAAGGACGGGUGCCACAAUACGCGAAGGACAAGCUUGUCGAACUCCAACAGAAAUUUGAUGAGUUAGAGAGUCAAGGAGUUUUCAGUCGCCCAGAAGAUGUAGGUGUGACGGCUGAAUACCUAAACCCGUCCUUCUUAGUGAAAAAACCACAGGGCGGAUACAGACUAGUCACUGCGUUUUCCGAUGUUGGACGAUACAGCAAGCCUCAACCUAGUCUGAUGCCCGAUGUUGAUUCCACUCUACGCACAAUAGGACAAUGGAGGUAUAUAAUACAGUCGGACUUAACAAAUGCGUUUUAUCAGAUACCACUGUCAAAGCAGUCAAUGAAAUAUUGUGGUGUAGCAACUCCAUUUCGCGGUGUUAGAGAAUACACUCGUUGUGCUAUGGGAAUGCCCGGAUCAGAAACAGCUCUUGAAGAACUGAUGUGCCGUGUACUCGGAGAUUUCGUUCAAGAAGGGUUUGUCGCAAAACUUGCCGAUGACCUUUAUUGUGGCGCUAACUCUGUCGAUGAUCUAUUGAUCAAGUGGGAGCGUGUUUUAGACGCCUUGUCUCGAUGUGGGUUGCGUCUAGCACCAUCCAAGACUGUAAUCUGUCCGAAGUCCACUACAAUUCUUGGAUGGAUUUGGUCUGCUGGCCAGUUAUCUGCAAGUCCUCACCGUAUUGCCCCGUUGUCUUUGUGUACACCUCCAGAUACUGUGAAAGGGUUGCGUUCGUUCAUCGGUGCGUACAAGGUUCUCGGGCGUGUGUUGCCAAACUGUUCACGAUACGUUAGCCCACUAGACGACCUAGCCGCUGGUAAACAGUCGCAUGACAAGGUGGGUUGGACGGACUCCUUUUUAAAAUCAUUCAAAGAUGCACAGGCAGCACUGCAUAAUCAUAAGUCGAUUGUCAUACCGAGACCCACAGAUCAUUUGUGGAUAGUUACCGAUGGUUCCGUGUCUCAGCGUGGUAUAGGAGCAACCCUGUAUGUGAUGAGAAAUGACAAGUUGCACUUGGCAGGCUUUUUCAGUGCCAAGCUGCGGAAACAUCAAGUCACUUGGCUUCCGUGUGAAAUCGAAGCUCUGAGCAUCGCGUCCGCUGUUAAACACUUUGGCCCUUACAUAAUACAGUCUACUGUGUCGGCUUGUGUACUUACUGACAGUCAGCCAUGCGUACAGGCUGUAGAGAAGCUAUGUCGCGGUGAGUUUUCCGCUAGUCCGAGAGUGACGUCAUUUUUGUCAACUGUGAGUCGUUUCCAGAUAAGCGUCAGACAUCUUGCUGGCUCUGCCAAUGUGCCGUCAGACUUUGCAAGUAGGAAUGCCCCCGAGUGUUCUGUGCCAACCUGUCAAAUCUGUACAUUUAUCUGUAAUACUGAAGACUCUGUGGUUCGUAACGUCUGCAUUGACAGUAUUGUGAAUGGAACAUCGCGUUUGCCGUUUGCUACCAGAUCCUCGUGGCUUCAAAUUCAAUCCGAGUGUCCAGAUCUGCGACGUACACACGCGCAUCUCAAACAAGGUACUCGUCCCUCUAAAAAACUAACAAAGAUCAAAGAUGUUAAACGUUACCUUCAAGUCGCAUCAAUCGCCAGAGAUAAUUUACUGGUGGUAAAACGCAGUGACCCUUUAUUGCCACCAUCUGAGUUGAUAGUUGUUCCUCGUGCCGUUUUAGACGGAUUGGUCAGCGCUCUACACAUUAAGUUAGACCAUCCAUCUAAGCACCAGCUUGAACUUGUGAUGAAGCGUCACUUUUACGCGUUGGACUUGAGUAGCUCUAUUGAAACUGUAACUCGGCAGUGCCACUUGUGUGCUUCAUUACAGUCAUUACCAGAAUCCGCUAUAAAGCAUACAAGCGAAGACCCUCCAGAAGUUGUUGGCAUGUCGUUCGCCGCAGAUGUACUGAAACGUAAUCAACAAACUAUUCUAGUCGUGCGUGAGAGUGUUACCUCUUAUACUAAAGCCUGUCUUAUUCCUGACGAAAAAAGGGACACUUUAAGAGAUGCUUUAGUGUGUUUGUGUACUGAGCUCCAUCCAUUAGACGGUCCCCCUGCAGUUAUUCGUGUAGAUCCCGCCCCGGGUUUUGCAUCUUUGCAAAGCGACGAAGCCUUGAAACGUCUCAACAUCGUGUUGGAGAUCGGCCGUGUUAAGAACAUAAACAAGAAUCCUGUGGCUGAAAAGGCUAUACAAGAGCUAGAAAAUGAGUUGUUGCGGUAUGAACCAGGUGGAGGCCCCGUCACUUGCAUGGGCCUUGCUAUUGUAGUCGCAAGGUUGAAUUCACGUCUACGCCAUACGGGCCUGUCUUCCCGUGAAUUGUGGACCCAACGCUCUCAGUUCACUCAUGUUCAACUCCCUGUGUCUGACCGUGAUGUGAUCCUCCAGCGGCAUGAUUCACGUAUGAAAAAUCACCCCCACAGUGAAAAAUCUAAGUCCAAGGCUAGUGUUCCGGUACGUGUUGGUGAUGUAAGUGUCGGUGAUUUAGUGUAUCUUAUCUCAGAUAAAAGCAAAUUGAAAGCUCGCAAUAGGUAUCUAGUUGUGUCGUGCGAUGAAGAGUGGUGCUUUGUUAAAAAGUUCUCGGGAAAUCAGUUACGGGCUUCAUCCUAUAAAGUUAAACGAAGCGAGUGUUACCGUGUUCCGUAUGAUAAAAUGUGUUGCGAAAGGCCUUUAGUGUACUCCGACCCAGACCAUGAGUCUGAUGACGAAUGUGUUCAUUCACCAACUGAUAGUGGUCCCCCAGCACCUUCAAGCAUUCCUGCAACAUUGACUACGCCAGAAAGUGUAGAACCAGUUCCAAUUAUUGUGUAUGAGCCGGAUAUGACGUCAUCAUUUUGUGAACCCCCCCAAGUACACGUGUCUCCAGAAACAAGUUCUAUGAGUAUGACCUCGCCCGGUUACACUGAGCCAGCGCAAAGACCUCAACGCUCACGACAGCCUCCAAAAUAUCUUGAUGAUUAUGUAUUAGAAUGA